AUGCUGACGCUGACGCUGGUGGCCUUACACCGUUAUUCCAGGUCAAUUCUCGUCUUCCUUGAAGAGAUAAUGAUGCACACUGAAGCAGCAAUUUGUGAGUCACAGAGCAAAGUGUACCGAGGUGUAUGCUUUAGGAACAACAAUUGUGCUUCAAUUUGUCAGAAAGAAGGUUUCCUAUCCGGCCAAUGCAAGGGGUUCCGACAUCGGUGUAUGUGUUUCAAGGACUGUGACGGAUCAGGAGGAUCUCCUCCUCCAGACGACACUCCUCCAGACAACCCUCCUCCAGACAACCCUCCCGAUACCCCUACUCCUGAUCCUCCUGACAGCCCUCCCAGUUCCUCUUGUCCCCCUCACACUCCUAUUCCUCCACCUGAGAGUCCACCCACUUCCUCUUGUCCUCCUCCCAAGAGUCCUCCCAGUUCUUGUCCUCCUCAAACUCCUCGUCCUCCUCCUAAGAGCCCUCCCAGUUCCUCUUGUCCCCCCCAGACUCCUAUUCCUCCACCUAAGAGUCCACCCACUUCCUCUUGUCCUCCUCCCAAGAGUCCUCCCAAUUCUUGUCCUCCUCCUAAGAGCCCUCCCAGUUCCUCUUGUCCCCCCCAGACUCCUAUUCCUCCGCCAAAGAGUCCUCCCAGUUCUUGUCCUCCUCCAACUCCUAGUCCUCCUCCUAAGAGCCCUCCCAGUUCCUCUUGUCCCCCCCAGACUCCUAUUCCUCCACCUAAGAGUCCACCCACUUCUUCUUGUCCUCCUCAGACCCCAAGUCCUCCUCCUAAGAGCCCUCCGACAUCCUCUUGUCCUCUUCAAACUCCUAAUCCUGCUCCUCCUAGUCCUCCUCCUACAAGCCCUCCGACUUCCUCUUGUCCUCCUUGA